AUGGACGAGCGUCCCAGUUCUGUUGAUGACCACAAUGUGGACUUACUGGCCAGUGCUCUUGAAGCGCUCUCAACCAAUGACCCUGUUUCGGUGCUGCCCCCUCAGGCUCACACCCCUCCAGCUCCUCUCCAUCUGUCUAUUUCACCCGUGACCACCCCUCGACGCGGAAGAAAGUUUUACUCUGUCACUAUUGGAAAGCGCUGUGGUGUUUUUGACAAGUGGUCUUAUGCUAAAACAUUGGUUGAUGGUGUUUCUAAGGCCACAUUUACUGGGUUCAAGGUUUAUGAUGAUGCCGUCAAGGAUUACUUUGAAGCGAAGGCAGCAGGAUUGGUGAGAGUGGUCAGAGACCCAGGUGAUGAGUUAAUCUAUGGGCCUCUUUCUAAAGCCGUUAUGUAG